GCUCUUUGGGACUUACCGCCCAGCAGAUCCUCUAUUCAGCUAACUACAGGAAAGGUCCUUACCGGCCUUUUCGCACACAUCAGUCGUGAUCUGAUUCGCACCUCAGUCUUCAGCACCUUUCAGCUCGCAGGAGGAGAUGCGAUCCUUUCCCUGCGUCUUUCUCCAUCUGUUUCAAUCACAUACGGCUUGUCUGAAGCACCCGGAUCUCGCUUAUCCAUCACCAUUUCCGCAGCGAGUAACCGCUGCGUCUUUUCUCAUCCGUCGCCACGUCAGUCACCCUCAUCAUUGGAUUCGUGCAGCCAAACGCGCAAUGUGUGCCGAACCGACUGCAGCUGCUGCGCCAGAUCAGCUGAUGGCAUCGAGUCAAUCAGCAUCACGGCCGAAUGAGGCGGCGGGUAGGGAGGGGAGAGGACGGAACAGGCGGCGUCAGCGACACAACGACAGCCACGACGUGCAGCUAUCGAGGAGUCUGUCGAUGGUGCUGCGGCACAAGGCGGCCGACUUUGGCCUUAAUGUUCGGCCUGAUGGGUUUGUUCGAGUGGACGACCUCAUGCGGCUGAGUCGAUUCACCGACUACUCGGUGCAGCAGCUCCACAGCGUGGUCGAGAAUAACGACAAACAACGCUUCUCUCUGUGGACGGACGACGAGGGAACAGAAUGGUCGGUGACCACGCGCACUCACAAUGGCAGGCAGGCAGGCAGGCGGGCAACAUGCCUCAUUUGUGUGAUCUUCUUUUUGUACUUCUUGUGUCAGGAUAAGGGCGAAUCAGGGCCACUCAGCGGGUGUCAACGUCUCAGCCGACGAGCUGUAUGAGCGUAUCGAGAGCGCAGAGGACAUCCCCGUGUGUGUCCAUGGCACGAGCGAGGGGGCGUGGGAGGCCAUCAGGCGUCAGGGGCUCAAGAAGAUGGGCAGGCAGCACAUCCACUUCGCGCCUGGGUAAGGAUCGGGUAACUCUCUCCGUCUGUCUGCCUGCCUGCCUGCCAUUGUCCCAUUUCUCUCUCUGUGUGUGUCGUUGUGUGCUGUUGUCAGUCUGCCAGGCGAGAGCGGUGUGAUAUCUGGGAUGCGGUACUCGUGUUCGGUCUUCAUUUACCUGGAUGUGGCCAAGGCAAUGGAGAGGGGCGUGGUGCUCUACCGAUCGGCCAACAAUGUCAUCCUCACGGAGGGCCUCGACGGCACCAUCCCGCCCAACCUCUUCGCCUCGGUCAGCCACGCUGACGGCAGGACGCUGUGGCCUGGCAACGGGCAGCAGCCGCAGGCAGACGUCCCACAAGCAGCUGACGAAGCCGCAGCACGGGAGAUGCGGGCGAGGAGGGAGAGGGAGGGAGGGGUGAUGGCGGCAACAGCAAAGUAG